CCGACUGCCACUUUCCAGAGAAAAGAAAGUGUUAUCUGCACUUUCAAAUCUAGUACUUACAAGAAAAAAUCCAAAAUCCACCUCUUAAUAAUUUUCAAAUAUAUAGAGCCCACAAAAAGCAAAAGAGAAAGAAACAGAAAAAUAGUCAGCAAAUAAUCAAAUGGGUGAUGAAAAGAAGAAGAAGAAGAUUGGAAGUAAUCAAGAAGAGGCAGAAGCGUCCAAGAGUAAUUUGUUCUCAGUUUUUCCCAAUAUUGAGCUCAAGAAGUUUCCUCCAGUUUUCAAUAUAGAUCCACGAGCUGAUGAUGAGGUUGCUCCAGGAAAGAAAGAGAAGACAAGUGCUCAGAAACCUGAGGUGGUAAGGCUUGCAGAUCUUAAAACAGUUAUCCCUCCUCCUUUGAAGCUUCAAUAUGAUGAGUCUGGGAUGCUUUCCCAACCUCUAAUCGUUUUCCCGUUGUGAUAAUCUUGUGGCACCAGUCACAGUAAAACUGCAGUUAUUGUUAUGCCGUUUUCAUAACAAAGGAACUAGAAUGUGGCAGAUGUUUAUGACUCAUAUCUUUCAAACAAAGUGCUAAGCAUAAAAGUAGAUGCAUGCACUGGAGGUUUUAUAUAUUGCCUAGUUGAUUGUGUAGUAAGAGUAGCUGCAUCGCAAAAUUUGUUGCCGUUGUUUUUAAGCUGAUUAUGUAUUUCUAUAUGGAGGUUUGUAACACAUAUAGUUGGUGGAGCACUUAAAUGGGGUUUACUGUGUUGUAUUGCCUGUAAUAUUUGCCCCACAGAAGCUGUUCAGAGGGAACAAAAAAUUUUGCAGGAUUUUUCUUAGGAGGUCAAUUGAAAUGAAAUGGACAUGGUGGAUGAAUUCGAGAAGUUUUAUCUAGUUAGGGCAGAAGUGGGGGAAGCAAAUGAUUGUAGCUUAUUAAUAUGUAUGAGGACAUGCAUAUGAAUUACGGCUAAAUGUAAAUAUAUGAAAUAUGCAUAAGUUUACUAUUUCCUUUUA